AUGAACUUCGGUGUGUGGAGAACAAACCUGAUAACAUAUUGCCCGAUUUGUGAGAUUGAGUGGAGCUUCAAUGCAAGGUCACACGGACGUUACACAUCAAGGUUAUCCGGACGCCCCAUUUCCGACUACAUCCGUACUACUAGUAGUGGAACACUUGGAAGUUUGAGAGCCAAGGAUAGUGGCUUCCGCGCCAAUAGUCAUGAUGCUGCUUUGGAAUAUUUACCCGUAGUCUUGGCAACCUUCGAAUGUGCUCAGGGUUUGGUUGGUGCUGACAUAUCGGUCACUGAAUCAUGA